UCUUUGCUCCCAUACACCUUUAUUCGGGUUGCUGAAGGGCUUUGCAUCCAGAAAGAUGUGCUCCCGCGGGUCCUGCCACAGACACGAAACCUCCUGCCAUGAAUCUCACUCCUCCUGCCACGACUCAGGACCCUCCUGCCAUUACACCAUCCAGAGGCAGCCUGUGCCGAAGUACACCUAUGUGACACCCUCCUGCCCCCCCAUGCAGGGCUAUUAUCCCCCCGUGCAGGGCUAUUGCCCCCCCGUGCAGCGCUAUUGCCCCCCAGCCCCGUACUGCCCCCAGUACACCAAGAACAUCUGCAAGCUGCCGCCGACAUGCCCCAAGUACUAACAGCAGGAUCUGACCCCGGCACCUGGACCCACCGGCUCGCUCCUCCCUUAGACGCUUUUGAUGCCUAAAACUUGAAUUGCUGAUUCUCUCUUCCCACUUCUGGUUUGCACAAAUCCUCUAAUACCUUGUCUGUGAUUAGAAUUUUCUUCAAAUUAUAAAUCACGUAUUCUUUCAUUUAUUUAGUAUGUUCUUUUCCAAAAGACUGGGAAUUAUUUGUGCUGGCAGUGGCUUGCACAUGAUGUGUUCACCUCCAAAACAUGCAGAUGAGAAAAUAAAAUUUCAUUGGCAAAAAUA